CAACAUGGCACCGGCGCUUUUCCGCUUCCGCCGCUAUUAGCAUCAAUUUUGGUUACCCGUGGCACACGUGCGCCAGUUUUGCUGCCUGGUUCAGCACUGAUCCUACUCGAUUAUCUCGACCGGGCAAAUUUCUAACACCAUGUCUUACGCGAAGGGAGGUGACUCUGAAAAACCAACUGCGACCGAGACCGCGACCAUCCAUCGCAUCCGCAUCACUCUGACCUCUAGGAACGUCAGGAGCCUGGAGAAAGUGUGCGCUGAUCUGAUUGGCGGAGCCAAGAAGCAGCAGCUGCGGAUCAAGGGUCCAGUUCGCAUGCCAACAAAGACUCUUCGUAUCACCACCCGUAAGACUCCUUGUGGUGAAGGUUCAAAGACCUGGGACCGAUUCCAGAUGAGGAUCCACAAGCGCGUGAUUGAUCUGCACAGCUCUUCGGAGAUCGUCAGGCAGAUUACCUCAAUCAGCAUUGAACCUGGUGUGGAGGUUGAGGUGACCAUCGCCGACUCUUAAGAGCUAAAAAAGGGACCAGCGUGAAAAUAAAAUCACACGCAAUAAAUCAAAUAUCAUGCAUUUUAUUUGCUAUGACC